AUGUUCGUCAGACUGGAGCUGAAGGUGAAGGUGAAGGUGAAGGUUUCUUCAGGCUUCAGCAGCACAUCCAACUCUGACUUCAACGGCCAGGACAAGCCAAAGUCCCCGAAAACCCCACACAUCAAACAGAGACAAGAGGAGACAGGUGAGACACAGGUGAGACACGUGAGAAAGGUGGGACACAGGGUGUGUGAGGCUCUGUCCCAGCAGGAGAGGCUGCAGCUCAUAGCGGAGAAGAGGAAGUGGCAGACGGAGAUCGAGAACAAGAAGCGCCAGCUGGAGGACGACAGGCGAGCGCUGCAGCACCUCAAGUCGAAGGCCCUGAGGGAGCGCUGGCUGCUGGAUGGAGCGCCCUCUGCUGGGCCGGAGCAGGAUGAGGUGAAGAAACAGCUGGAGGAGGGAGAAGCCAAAACCAGGAGCCUUGAGGAAACCAUCAGCAGGCUGGAGCAGGAGCUGGUCAAUCUGGAAACUGGAGGCACUCAGAUCGUAACGCACACCACAGUGAGCACAUCUCUCUCUCCUGCAGUGGAGGUCAAAGGUCAGAGCGACAGUCAGCAGGACCGAGCGGCUCCGGCUCCGCAGGUGAAAGAGGUCAAAGAGGUCAAGGUUCAUAAAAGCCAUCGAACCAGCAAAGCCAGAGGGCCGAUGGAGGAGAAGAGAGCCAUGUACUCGUUGGAGAUUAAGGUGGAGCGGGACAAGGUGACGGGGGAAACCAAGGUUCUGUCCACUAACACUCUGCUUCCUGUCGACCUCUCUCACCAAGGGGUCAAAGUGUACGAGGACGAGCAGAAAGUCGUCCAUGAGAUGAACGGUGAGGACGGUGUUCACCUGCUCAGCUCCUCUGAGGUCGAUGAUCUCAUCAACAAAGCCGGCGAGGCAUCCAUGUUGUCCCAGACGGGGGCGGAGCCUGAGGAGGCGGCGGUGGCCCCGGCCCCGCCCCCGGGGGAGAUCACGGGAGUGGAGGCCCGGCCGGGGGCGGAGCCCGACAUCACCGAGGCCAGCACGGAGAAUCCGGUCACCAUGGUGUUCAUGGGAUACCAGAGCGUGGAGGACGAGGCCGAGACCAAGAAGGUGCUGGGGCUGCAGGGCACGGUGAAGGCGGAGCUCGUGCUCAUCGAGGACGGCGAGGGCAAAACCUCGCCCCGCGGGAGCGAGGGGGCGGCCGGCGCCGAGGGGGCGGCCGGCGCCAAGGAGGCCGCGAUGCCGUCGCCGCCGCCCCUCAACGGCAGCGCCGCCUCCGCCCCACUGACCGCCAAGGCUCCGGAGAUGGCGGGGGGCGAUGGGGAGAAAGGGGCAGAGAAAGGGGCGGAGAAAGGGGCGGAGCCGGAAGGCGGCACGGUGGAGAUUAGCAAGGAGAAGCAGCCGUGUAAGUGCUGCACCAUCAUGUGAUCCAAAACCCACAGCGAGACUUUUCCAGCAAACUGACCCACGAGGAAUCAUUUCCUGUUCCUGUCAUCUCAUCCGUUUUAUAAACCUCAUUCAUUCUUUUUCUAUUUCCUUUCUGCCUUUUUACUUUUGUAUGCCAGAGUUUCAUUUUUUCCAGUUUUGUUGUGACUAGCUAGGUGCUACUAAAGCCGGGAGGCAGGAGUCCAUCAGAUUAGCGUUAGCAUUAGCAACAGGCCCUGACAGUCCUGAGAUUUGUGAUCUUAACAGCUUAUCUCUUUCUAUAUCUAUCUAUCUAUCUUCUGAAUGGUUAAUUUUAGAGAUAUUUAUUUAAUUUUGUAAGUUUGAACCCUCCGGCUCCAGGCUUCAGAACAUCUCGAUGCUGUGGGAGAAUCCUCUUGGCUUUUUGAUUUUAUAAAAAUGAAAAAUAAAAAGUGACUUUCAGGGACGGAGCGUUGAACACGAUGCACUGAACACUGUACGGACCUGACCCUGUCUACACAUGCUGUGUGUGUGUGUGUGUGUGUGUGUGUGUG